AUCAUGAACACCAUAGUCCGCAAGCCCUACAGUGGGUCCCGACGCAAGCUUGUUCUUGCAUUCGAUCUCGGAACGACUUUCAGUGGUAUUUCUUAUACUGUCCUGGACCCGGGAACGAUCCCAGAAAUCAAAGGAGUGACAAGGUUCCCUUCUCAGGAGCAUGUCGGUAGUGAUGCAAAGAUUCCGACUGUUAUGUAUUACGAUUGCGAAGGGACUGUUAAGGCCAUUGGCGCAGAAGCGUUGAAAGAGAACAUCAUCGAAGCUGCUGAAGACGAGGGAUGGACGAAAUAUUCUGAAUUCAAACUACAUCUUCGACCCGUGAUCAAGACAGAGGGCGGAAUAAAGUCCGAAUUCGACGUUGAAAUGCAUAACAACAUUGCUCCCUUUCCUCUCGGCAAGGAUUUAAUUGCAGUGUUCGCCGAUUUCUUCAAAUAUCUCUUUCAAUGUGCCAAGACAUUUAUUAUGGAGUCACAUCAAAGCGCUGAGACAUUUUGGAAUUCUGUCGAGGGACAUAUCGAAUUCAUUCUUACUCAUCCGAACGGGUGGGAGGGUGAACAGCAGAGUAGGAUGCGGAGAGCAGCUGUACAGGCCGGUUUGGUCGCAGACGACGAUACAGGACAUGCUCGCGUGCACUUUGUCACCGAAGGAGAAGCGAGUCUUCAUUUUUGCAUUCAUCAUGGUCUUUCUUCGCAUAUAAAGAACGAUGAAGGCGUAGUCAUUGUUGAUGCUGGUGGCGGUACCGUCGAUAUCAGCACUUAUUCCAGUGUUCAAUCCGUAGGUCGUGGCACUCAACGCUUGUUUGAAGAAAUAACUACUCCGCAAUGUCAUUUCACCGGCUCAGUAUUUGUCACGAAGAAUGCCAGAAAGCAUCUUGAAGAGAAACUUCGAGGAUCGCGAUUUGAGCCUGAAGUGGAUCUUAUCGCUGAAUGCUUCGAUAAAGCAACCAAGUUACGGUUCAGAAAUGCCGAAGAGCCUGCAUAUAUCAAGUUUGGUACCAUGAGGGAUCGCGAACCGGCCUUUGAUAUCCGUUCAGGACAACUUAAAUUAGCGGGGAGUGUCGUAUCUGACUUCUUCCAGCCUUCGAUAAAUUCCAUCAUCAAUACGAUAGAUGAACAGCGACUAAAAUCCAGGAAGCCUAUCACUUCCAUCUUCCUUGUCGGUGGCUUCGCUGCAAGCGAUUGGCUUUUCGUGAGGCUUCAGGAAUACUUGACGCCCCUCAAGGUGUCGUUCUCACGGCCAGAUAGCCACGUCAAUAAGGCUGUUGCCGAUGGUGCAGUCUCGUUCUACCUGGACCGCUUUGUAUCAACUCGAGUGGCCAGAUUUCACUACGGCGUCAAAGUUCAUACCGAAUACGACCCUGCAAACGUUGAACAUCAGCGCCGUCGAAAUAAGACAUAUCCCGGUAUUUCUGGUGAGCUGAAGCUCGACGACCAAUAUGACACCAUUCUCGCUAAGGAUGUUCAGGUGUCUGAAGACAAAGAGUUUCGAAGGUCUUAUUAUAGAGAUAGCAAACUCCUAUCUGACCUGGAAACUGCCAAGGCUGACAUACUAUGCUACAAUGGCUCUAAAUCCGAUCCCCGUUGGAUGGACACUGAACCUGACGUUUAUCCAGCGCUUUGUUAUGUGACUGCGGAUACCCGGGAGGCGGCCAAGGCAUUGGCGCUCCGGAGACGAGAGGACGGGAAGUCCUAUUACCGUCUUACCUAUGAUGUUAUCAUUCUCUUUGGUCGGACGGAGAUGAAAGCUCAGAUAUGUUGGAUGGAAAAUGGCAUAGAGAAGAGAGGGCCGGCUCGUAUUGUUUAUGACAGAGACAUAUGACACAUAGGCGCACUUGGCACUGAAGAUUGGGAACUAUUGUUGUAGUCUCGGCGUGCAUGUUGGCUCUAAUCAGAACUUUGGCUAGUAGCGUGAUCAGUACAAUGACCCUGUCACAAACACAUGUUAUCACAUUCUGUGCCCGUAUGAUAAGAGGAUCGAGCGCAUAUUAGUUUGAAGAAGAUGGCGAGUGAUGACUGAUGAAAAGAGCAAGUACUUACAGCCUUUCAGACAGAACAGAGUACUCGAUGAAGUCUGAAAUUUCUUCGCUAUAAACGGCAACUCACGUCCCUCAUAUAGCAAUC